AUGGCAGCUCGUCACGCAGAGACCAACGGUGUCUCUGGCUUCUGCCUCAGCGACCCGCUGAACUGGGGGUUGGUGGCCAAGUCGCUGAGCGGGAGCCACCUGGACGAGGUGCGGCGCAUGGUGGAGGAGUUCAGAGAGCCGGUGGUGCGGCUCAGCGGUGAGACGCUGACGAUAGCGCAGGUGGCAGCAGUCGCAGCUGCCGGGGACGCAAGGGUGGUGCUGGAUGAGUCUGCCCGGGCCGGCAUGGAGGCAAGCUGCGACUGGCUGACGGAGGGCAUGGGGAAAGGAAUGGACACCUACGGUAUCACGACCGGGUUCGGCGCGAACUCGCAAUGGAGGACCAACGAGGGUGCGGCCCUCCAGAAGGAGCUCAUUAGAUUUUUGAAUGCCGGCAUCUUCGGCAAGGGGGCUGAAACAUGCCAUAUGCUGCCUCGCUCGACCACGAGGGCUGCCAUGGUGGUGAGGAUCAACACCCUUCUCCAGGGCUACUCUGGCAUUCGGUUUGACAUCCCCGAAGCAAUCGCCAAGCUCCUCAAUGCGAACGUCACUCCCUGCGUGCCACUGCGUGGGUCCAUCACGGCCUCGGGAGAUCUUGUCCCGCUCUCCUACAUCGCAGGGAUCCUGACCGGGAGACCCAAUGCCAAGGCCGUGGGACCCGACAGAGAGCCACUCAAUGCGAAGGAGGCCUUCUGCCUCGCCGGCAUAACAUCGGGCUUCUUUCAGCUGCGGCCAAAGGAGGGCCUCGCACUUGUCAACAGCACUGCAGUUGGGUCAGGGCUGGCUGCGAUGGUUCUCUUCGAGACCAACAUUCUUGCCGUUCUCUCAGAGAUCUUAUCGGCAAUCUUUGCGGAGCUGAUGCAAGGCAAGCCCGAAUUCACCGACCAUUUGACGCAUAAAUUGAGGCACCAUCCUGGUCAGAUUGAAUCUGCGGCUAUCAUGGAACACAUUCUGGAUGGAAGCGCCUAUGUCAAAGCAGCAAAGAAGCUGCCCGAGUUUGAUCCCUUGCAAAAGCCGAAGCAAGACCGGUACGCUCUGAGGACCUCACCGCAGUGGCUUGGCCCACUGAUCGAAGUGAUUCGGUACUCAACCAAAUCCAUAGAAAGAGAGAUCAACUCAGUCAAUGACAACCCCCUGAUCGAUGUCUCGAGGAACAAGGUCUUGCACGGUGGCAACUUCCAGGGGACACCGAUUACCGUCGCCAUGGACAGCACCCGCUUGGCCAUCGCGUCAAUAGGGAAGCUCAUGUUCGCACAGUUCUCUGAGCUUGUCAACCACUUCUACAACAAUGGCUUGCCUUCCAAUCUGACUGCUGCUAGGAACCCAAGCCUAGACUACGGCUUCAAGGGAGCCGAGAUAGCCAUGGCAUCCUACUGCUCUGAGUUGCAAUUCCUGGCAAAUCCAGUCAUCAACCAUGUGCAGAGUGCGGAGCAACACAACCAGGACGUGAACUCCCUUGGCCUGAUCUCCUCAAGGAAGACGGCCGAGGCAGUCGAGAUCCUGCAGUUCAUGUCGACUACCUUCUUGGUGGCGCUCUGCCAGGCGGUCGACCUGAGGCAUCUCGAGGAAAAUCUGAAGAGCGCAGUGAAGAGCGCGGUGAGCCAAGUGGCCAAGAGGACCCUUACCACCGCCUCCGAUGGGGAGCUGCACCCAUCGACGUUCUGCGAGAAGGAUCUGCUCAAAGUGGUGGAUCGGGAGCAUGUCUUCACUUAUGUGGAUGACCCCUGCCGCGCGGCCUCCCCACUGAUGGAGAGGCUCAGACAGGUCCUGGUGGAACAUGCAUUGUCGAACGGAGAGAGCCAGAAGAACUCGAGCACCUCGAUCUUCCACAAGAUUGGAGUGUUCGAGGCCGAGCUGAAGGCCGUGUUGCCGAAAGAGGUCGAGAGCAGCCGGCUCACGUUUGAGAGCGGUAACCCCACAAUUCCUAACAAGAUCAAGGAUUGCGGGUCGUAUCCUCUCUACAAGUUCGUGAGAGAGGAUCUAAGGACAAGUUUGCUGACCGGAGAAAGGGUGGUCUCACCGGGGGAGGAGUUUGACAAGGUCUUCAAGGCAAUGUAUGAGCACAAGAUCAUCGAUUCCAUGUUUGAGUGCCUCAGCAGUUGGAAUGGAGUUCCUACUCCGAUUCGUUAAUUAGCCAUGUGUCCUUGUUUAAUCUAUUGCGUACUUCUUAUUGCUCUUUGUCUUGUUUCUCCAUUUCUUUUUCCUGAUUCUAGUCCUUGUCCGGGUCCGGUGAUGGGUUUGCAGAUCAGGC